CCCCCCCCCCCCGCCCCCCCGCGUGGUCAAAUUGAAAGUGAAACCAAAAGUACAUAACGUCCACUUAGCAGCAACGUUAGCAUCGAGCUAACACGACCCGGGAGGGAGGAUCACCCGAUGCGACCUGUCAGGUCCACGAGGAAAAUGGGACGUGCGUUGCUCAUCGUUAUGUUGGACGCGGCGCUGUGUGCGGGUCUGUGGGCCGGCCUGGUGCAGCUCAAGUGCUCCGGUUGCGGUGGGCUGGCAGGACUGUGGGCCUUCGGCGCCGCGAAGUGGGCCCUUCUCCACGUGUUCACCUCCGCGCUGAGCGACGGGAAGCCGGAAGCGGCGCUCCGCAGGCUGGUGGCGACGCUCUGCCUCCUCUCCCCCGCGUUCGAGAGCGGCCGCGCCCUCGUGAGGCCCCGCGCGGGGCCCCCUCCCGACCUCGGCACCCUGCUGCUGGGCCCCGCGUGCGCAGCGCUGCUGGCCUGCGCGGUCUGGGAAAAGCUCCUCUGUGGCGGUUCCGGACGUCCGGAGGAUGACGUCGGACGGGACGCCAGGCGGCUGCUUGUGAGGAUGCUGAGAUACUUCAAACCAGACACCUUAUACCUGAUCGCAGCUUUCUGUGCCCUCAUCUUUGGUGUCAUCUGUGAUGCAUUUAUCCCACUUUAUCAGGGGAAGGUCAUCGAUAUGCUCAGAGGUCAAAUAGUUCAAACCAGCUUGGGUUAUGCAAUUGGACAGCUGGCCCUGGUCUCUCUAGGAAGCGCUCUGUUCUCUGGCUUAAGAGGAGGAAUAUUCAUGUGCACGCUGGCCAGACUGAACAAGAGACUGAAGCGUCUGCUGUUUCACUCCCUCAUGCAGCAGGAGGUGCAGUUCUUUGAGGAGAACGACCCCGGACGCCUCUCCUCCCGCCUGCACUCGGACGUGGACAGGAUGGGCCGCACGGUGGCGCUCAACGCCAACGCGCUGGUCCGCAGCUCGGUGAAGAGCUGCCUCAUGCUCGCAGUGAUGCUGGGCCUGUCCUGGGAGCUCACUGUGCUCACAUGCAUCGAGAUGCCUCUCCUGGCCGUCCUGCAGAACAAGUACAUCGCCGUGUCUCGGGAUCUGAAAGAGCAGAUCCAGGACUGCCAGGCUCGGAACAAAGAACUGGCUCUGCAGACGAUCGGAGGGAUCCGGACGGUCCGCAGCUUCAGGGCAGAGAGAGUGGAGAUGAGGAGGUACAACGAGGCUCUGGACCAGCUGUGCGCCGUGAAGACUCGUUCAGAAAUCUACAGCAUUAUCUUCACCUUAAUACGGAGGCUGGGGAGUCUGGGGAUAAAGGUACUGAUGCUGGUUCAGGCCCGCGCCCUCAUCUCGUCGGGUCGCCUCAGCCUCGGUAGUCUCGUGUCCUUCUUCUUGUACCGGAACCCUAUGUCAAACAAUUUAAAGGAGAUCAUGUACUGCUACAGUGAGACCAUGUCGACAGUUGGAGUCAUCUCCAAAGUGUUCAGUUACCUUGACAGAGCGCCAAAGUGGAAGAACGAUGGACAGUUGGCUCCAGAGGAGCUGGAGGGGCGGAUCGUUUUCCAAAAUGUCACCUUCGCUUAUCCCAACGCCCCCGAAGACAAACCAGCUCUGAAGUCGGUGUCCCUGGAGCUUCGGCCGGGGGAGAUGACGGCGCUGGUCGGCCCCUCCGGCAGCGGAAAGACCACCUGCGUCAGCCUGCUGAAAAGGCUCUACGAACCCCAGGAGGGGCGCAUCCUGCUGGACGGGGAGCCGCUGCACCGCUACGGGCACAAAUACCUCCAUCAGAAAAUGUCCCUGGUAUCCCAGAAUCCUGUGCUGUUCUCCGGUUCCCUGAAAUACAACAUGGAGUACGGCUUGAAGGACUGCGGCGUGGAGAAAGUGAAAGAGGCUGCAAAGAAAGCCAAUGCAGACAAGUUCAUCUGUGAAAUGGAGAAUGGAUACGACACAGACGUCGGGGAGUGUGGCGGCGCUCUCUCAGAAGGGCGGAGGCAGUGCGUCGCCAUCAUCAGAGCUCUGGUUCGGGAGCCGCGGGUCAUCCUGCUGGAUGAGGCCACGAGCAGAGUGGAUGUGGAGGUGCAGCACACUGUGAGUGAGGUGCUGCAGGAGGUCCUGGCUCGCGGUGGAACCGUCCUGGUGGUGGCCCAUCAGCUGAAGACCGUGGAGACGGCGGAUCACAUCGUCUUCAUGGAGAAGGGAGCCGUCGUGGAGGAGGGGACGCACCAGGAGCUCAUGGCCAAGAGGGGGCGCUACCACCGCUUGAAGGAGGAACUGUUCUCCACUCAGUGAAUUAAGUUUCACUGUUUCUACGCGACUUCGAGCUGCAGCGGGUCGAUGAUAUCAGCUUCAAAGCAGUGUUGUUGUCAGUUGCUAAACCUUCAAGAGAGGAACGAAGAAGAAGAAGAAGAAGAAAAAAGGUUUUUUUCACUAAUGUUAAAAGACAUUGUAGAAAUGUAUGAUUCCCGGGUACCGCCAUUCGACCACUGCAACUCAUCCAGAAUGCAGCAGCUCGACUGGUCUUCAACCUUCCGAAAUACUCCCACACCACUUCUCCGUUCACUUCAUUGGUUACCAGUGGCUGCCCGCAUCCAGUUCAAAACAUUGGUACUGACGUACCAUGCUGUGAAUGGAUCGGGACCAGUCUACAUCCAGGACAUGGUGAAACCCUACAUCCCAACCCGCACACUCCGCUCUGCAUCUGCCAAGCGACUUGUUCCUCCCUCACUGAGAGAAAAGCACUCGGUGAGAUGGCGACUCUUUGCUUUCUUGGCUCCCAGAUGGUGGAAUGAGCUCUCCGAUGACAUCAGGACAGCAGAAAACUCAAGACACACCUUUUUAGACUCUACCUUGACUAAAACACUAGCACUAGCAAAUGUGGAAAUGCACUUAUUGUAAGUCGCUUUGGAUAAAAGCGUCAGCUAAAUGACAUGUAAUGUAAUGUAAUGAUUCUACAUGAGUAAAUGUAUAUUGUAUACAUCUUGAUUUCUCAAAUGAACCUCAAUGACACAUCUUCAUCUGGCUUCACCAGAGCUUUGUGCACAUGAUACAGAACCUGAAAACGUAAAAUCCAGAAACAAGUAUUUCCUGUAAUUUACAUAGAAAAAAAAAUACAUUUAUUUGAGGGGUAUUUAGUAUGAAAAUAAAUUUUGAUGAAUGCUUGCCCUUCUCUGCGUGUGGAUCAUCCUCUGCUGGCUCUGAUGAUGCUAAAUAAAAAAAUAAAAUCUGCUGCUGAGACUUUC